AAAAAAAAAAAAAAAAGUGAGGAGGCGUUCGCCCAAACAGGAAGACGCCUCGAAAAAACAACAACGGAGCCAUCCGAUUGUUGUUUAUUGAUGGCGGAACAGGAGUAAACAAAGCGGGAAGAUUCUUCAAAGCGGUUUCGGGCGCUUCCGGAAGAGUUCGGAAGGCUCUCGGGGGAACUCCGUGGCUGCAGCCCGCGGUGGCUGCGGUGUUGCUGGGGCUGACGCACACUCGAGAGGCGGGGAGGGGGGAGCUGUCACCGAGCUAAGCUAGUUAGCUUAGCUCAGCGAACACUCGUCUUUAAAACCACUUCUGAUCCACCGGAAGGACAUUUUGACGAAUUCUAGUUAGCGCGGCGGCUAGUUAGCACUUGUCAACACGUUGGGGACGCGCCGAGGAAAAAACAACAACAAGUCGAUUGCCACGCUCACGCUAAAGUGUGAAAAAAACACAACACUGGAAUUUUCUUCGGUGCACGAUUUUAAGCGCUCGCACUACUUUUGCUUUUAUUGUUUACUUUCACAUCAUUUAAAGUUUACUUGUGAUUCGGGUGUUAGCAUGGAGGCUGCAUACCCGGGCAGCAGCGCCUCGGAGCGGUUACGUAACAGCCGCAAGCUGCCGCUCUGACAGCUGCAAACACACACAAAUAUACAUAUAUACAUAUAUAUACACACACAUAUAAACACACGCACACAAAGAGCGAGCGCAACAAGAAGAGGAAGAACAACAUGGAGGAGCUGUGAGAGAACAUUAAUAACAUUUUCAUCAAGAUGGAUUCUAAUCCCCUCAUUAACGCCAUGGACCCGUCCAUCACGCUCUGGCAGUUUUUGCUCCACCUGCUGGACGACCAGCGCCAGCGUCACCUGAUCUCGUGGACGGGCGAGGACGGCGAGUUCAAGCUGCUGGACGCGGAGGAAGUGGCCCGCCUUUGGGGGCUCCGCAAGAACAAGCACAACAUGAACUACGACAAACUCAGCCGCGCGCUGCGGUACUACUACGACAAGAACAUCAUCAAGAAGGUGAGCGGACAAAAGUUUGUGUACAAGUUCGUCAGCCAGCCCGACCCCUCCCUGCCCGACGGGACGCGCACCCCGGAAGAAGGCCAGAGGAGGGACAACGUGGACGGCAAUGGCCAAUCGAAAGGGGGCGGGGCAUUGAGCUGUCAGUCAAAGGGCAUAGCACAGAAGUCGUCGCCCGGCGGCUCCUACAAAAGUUCCCGUAACGACUACAUGAAGUCCGGCCUCUACUCCACCUUCACCAUCCAAUCGCUGCAGGCUCCGCCCAACCCUCGACCGGUCAAAGCGGAGCUGAUGCUGGACCCCGCCCCCAGAGAGGUUUCCUCGCCGCCAGCAGGCGCCGCCGUCGAUCCUUCUCGCCAGGUGAUCGUCACUCAUGCUUCGCCAUGUUCCAUACCUGUUGUCAACCAAGCCCAGCCAGCCAACACCCCCGGCCAAUCACAGAACCCGUCCGGCCCCCCGCUGGGUGACCCUCCCCAUAUUUACCUCACCAGCGUCAGCGACCCCUCCUCCCUCACACCGCUCAUCCCCAUAGGUUCCGUCGGGGGCGCCGUGAGUCCCGUACCGCCGCCGCCACAGCCAGACGGCGGCGGCGGUGGCGGCAUGGCUACCGUUGCCAGUUUCCCUCCCCAUCCGAACCCCGCCCCUCACCCAACUCACUCCCCGCCCGUCUUCGUUAUCAUCAACCCUCCUCCCUCGCAGCAGGCCGCUGUGGCGUCCGCACCCCCAUCUGUCGCCCCGCCUCCAGCACGACCGCCCCUGCCACCCAUCAUCAUCAAGGAGGAGACCCUGCCGUUGGAGGAUGACCUCAUGGAGAUAGUGACCCUGGAGGAGAAGCAGGUGGAGGAGGUUCCUCAGCUCAUUUGUGGCACGGGUGGACCACAGCCUCAGCUCGCCGUCAUAGAAGCCACGCCCCCUCCCAGCAUCGACGCCGAGGUCAGAGAUCAGCAUUCGGGAAGCGAGGAAAAGGACACGCCAACAGACCCGUCCGUGUCUGCGGUGACGUCAUCGACGCCACUGGCGGCGGCGAGGUCGGCUUCAGACGUGGUUCCUCCCAAACCGAAGAAGCCCCGAGGCUUGGAGCUGCCGUCCUCCCCCUCCCUCCCCCCCGGCCUCUCCCUGGACAAGUUCAACGCCGCCGUCAACAGUCUGCUGGCGCCCGGCUCGGCCGCCAACACGCUGACGCCCGGCGUCAUCACCUCGCACGCCCUGACGCCCGUCCUGUUGACCCCCAGCCCGCUUCCCUCCACCAUCCACUUCUGGAGCACGCUCAGUCCCAUCGCUCCCCGCUCGCCCGCCAAGCUCUCCUUCCAGUUCCCCACGAACGGCAGCAACCAGAUGCACAUCCCGGCGCUGAGCGUGGACGGACUGUCCACCCCCGUGGUGCUGUCCCCCGGCCCCCAGAAACCCUGAACCUUCCUGGCCUCUUGUUUGCUCUCCUCGCCAGGGUCCCGAGAUGGCGGCCUCACAGUCAUGGCCAGCUUGGAGGACCUCAAGGACGACACUCCGCCUCCUGCUCAUUAAUAUUCACGAGGAAGAAGGGAAGU